CACACACAGAAAAUUGAUCCCAGCUCCACUGCAGCGCACACAGAGGUUGUUCACCUGAAGAGCAAGAGGAUGGAAGCAGCAUACAAGAGAGUGAAUGGAAACCACGGGCCAGAGGGAGAGACAGAGGAGCCAGAGACAGGGCGGAGGAGAAGGGGCUCCAUGUACCUGGAGGAGGAGACCAGCAAGAAGUCUGAAGUGAUCUCCUGCAUCUUCUCCCUGAAGGAGGAGGUGGGAGCUUUAGCCAGGGGCCUUCGACUCUUUGAGGAGAAGGGCAUCAACCUGACGCACAUCGAGUCCCGUCCGUCGCGGAUGAACAAAGACCAGUCCGAGUUCUUCAUCAGCGUGGACGCCAGCUGCUCCCAGGUCCUGGAUGAGGUCAUCGACGGCCUGCGAACACAAAUCAGCGGCCACGUGUACGAGCUGACACGCAACAAACAGAAGGACACAGUGCCGUGGUUCCCUAAUGACAUCCAGGACUUGGACCGCUUUGCCAACCAGAUCCUCAGUUAUGGCUCCGAGCUGGACUCUGAUCACCCGGGCUUCACAGAUUCAGUGUACAGAGCCCGCAGGAAGGAGUUUGCUGACAUCGCCUACAACUACAGACAUGGCCAAAUCAUCCCUCGGGUGGAGUACACAGAGGCAGAAAAGGACACAUGGGGGACGGUGUUCAAGGAGCUGAAGACCCUGUACCCGACUCACGCCUGCCGCGAACACAACCGGGUCUUCCCCCUGCUGGAGAAAUACUGCGGCUACAGGCCGGACAACAUCCCGCAGCUGGAGGACGUGUCCCGCUUCCUGCAGUCGUGCACAGGCUUCCGGCUUCGCCCGGUGGCCGGCCUGCUCUCGUCCCGGGACUUCCUGGCCGGACUCGCCUUCCGGGUCUUUCAUUCCACGCAGUACAUUCGCCACGGCUCCAAGCCCACAUACACACCUGAGCCGGAUGUCUGCCACGAGCUCCUGGGACACGUUCCUCUGUUCGCUGACUCCAGUUUCGCCCAAUUCUCUCAGGAAAUCGGUCUUGCCUCCCUCGGUGCCCCUGAUGAGUUCAUUGAGAAACUUGCUACUGUGUACUGGUUCACCGUGGAGUUCGGCCUGUGUAAGCAGGGCUCGGAGAUGAAAGCUUUUGGAGCCGGCUUGCUUUCAUCGUUCGGAGAGCUGCAGUAUUGCUUGUCAGACGAGCCCAAGAUCCUGCCCUUUGACCCCGCCAAGACCAGCCUCCAGAAAUACCCGAUCACAGAGUACCAGCCGGUCUACUUUGUGGCUGAGAGCUUUGAGGACGCCAAAGAGAAAGUGAGGAAAUUUGCAGCCACCAUCCCGCGGCCCUUCUCGGUGCGCUACAACCCCUACACCCAGAGCAUCGAGGUGCUGGACAACGCUCAGCAGCUCAGGAACCUGGCUGACAGCAUCAAGGGUGAAAUGGCGAAACUGUGCGAAGCCCUGCGGAAACUGGAUUAACUGCACAUGUAAUCUGAGCCGAAGCUCCCUGAGAAUCUCUUCACUUAUUCAAUGAAAUGAUCGUUUCUCAUGGGGCUGUUUGGGGUUCUGCUUGACACACUUGCAAUUUAGCUUUCUUUGUAUUAAAACAAAUAAAUAAUGGCAAUAUUACUGUAAUCCAAGUAGUGUUCUAGUUAAGUGAAUACAGUGUAGCCUGUAGGAUAAUCAUGAAUGGGUUUGUGAUAGGUGAUAGACUUUUAUUUCAGAUUAAGUGUUAUUAAGGGGCAUAUUUUUCAAAAUAAAAGGUUUUUUCAAUAUAUUUUUAGUGACUUUGAUAAUUAUAAAACCCAUUAUGUAAACAUCAAGUUUUAUAUCUAAUAUGAUGUAAAAACAUUUUUUGUAUACCCAUGAAAUGUGUUGAUGAACCAAAUAAACAUUUAUCUUCUCUCUCUCUCUCUA